AAUCACCCACUCUGCAGUAUCACAGCAAGGACGGUUUGUUUUUGGAUUGUGCAAUUAUGCUGCGGAAGAUGACAUGUUAAAUGUUUUCUGUUAGAAUGAGUGUACAAGAACAGGGAUGAAUCUACGGUGCUCCAUGCACGAAGCUCCCUGUUGACAACAGGAUGCAAAGUCACGGACAUAAUAUUAUGACACGGAUUCGCACACACAGCAGCAGCUUGGAGUCGUACAGCACAACCGAAAUAUUGGCAGCAUCCUCUUCGACAGCGCUGGAAAGUUCCAUUAUGGACCCGUCGGAUGCAUUGGUAGGCACCAGUGAUCGCGACACAGGGAUGGCAGACGUGGAGGGCUCUUCCCCUAUCCAUCACAACCACCACCAUCACCAUCAUCAUCCGGUGACGAUGGCACUGAUGAACGGAGUUACCAUCACCGUGACCAGCAACGGUAGCAAUAACAACAACAAUAUUGCCGACGAGGAUGAUGAUAAGUGUCCCACUGAUAAGGACGGGAGCGAUUUGCGUGCUAUUGAUUUUGCCAGCGCAACGAACCAUCACUCGGAGUCGCAGGAAUCCGUGCUGGACUUUGAUGGCUCCGCAGUGGACGAUGAUAACGAUGGCCACGGUAGUGGCAUGAUGGUGGAUUCGAUGGAGGUAGCCGAAAUUGCCAUUAACAGUAGCAACAGCAACAGUAGUAGUGGUAGUAGUAGCAGCAACAGCAGCAGCAGCAGCUCGAACAGCAGCAAUAGUUCCAGUGCAAGCAGUAAUUCGGAAAAACCCUCCAACCAGCAGCCACAACCGACGGAGGUUGAGGGAGAAGCAACAGCGGCAGCAGCUGAGGAAGAACAGGACGACGAGGAGGAGGAGGAGGACGAUGAUGAGGAAGAAGAUGAAGAUGAUGCGCGCGGGGAGGACGAUGGGGAAGACAGACAAGAGGCGGCCGAAGUGGCCAACGGUGGGGCGGACGAGUCAACGAGCGAUGACAAGAUCAUGCGCACGGCUGACGAUCCACUGCUGCAGGAAACGAUAAAUGCGCUUAUGAACGGAACCGGGGGAAUAGAGGUUGUAAAACUUGAAAGUACUCCUGCCGCCUCGGCAGUGGCGUCUGUAAUUGCAGCUGUAGUAGCUGGCACCGAAAUGGCCACCGAACGUACGGUUGCUAAUGACGAGCUGGAAACGGAUCGUAACUACCAGUGCACGUACUGCGGCAAGUUGUUUACACGUUCGAACACCCUCUCCUACCACCUGAAGGUGCACACGGGCGAGCGACCAUUCAAAUGCAAGCACUGCUCGAAGGCCUUCCGCGAACAGUACCGGCUGAUGAAGCACAUAAAAACGCACGCCAAGUGUCGCAACAGGCGAAUGGAGCGGACGAAAGAGGUGCAGCGCGUAUCCAACGGAAGGGAACAUCUGCAUCGGAAGGCAUCGGUGUCGUCACUGGUACAUCCGAUGAUGGGCGGAAACAGUCUCGCGUCGGCGGAGGAAGAUUGUGCCACCGGAGAUAGUGACCGAUUUUUCAAGCACUACGAUCUUCCCGACGGCGCGGCAGCGAUGAAGCUCGAACCGGACAUUUCCCUCACCGAGGAGGGUAUGUCCGAGGUACACGAUCCCGAUGCAAUGCUGACCGAGGAGGUCGAGGUGAUGGACGAAGGGCAAAUGGCGUGCGGGAUGGAAGAGACGAUCGGCGAUCCGGGCGUUACGCUGACGGCGGAUGCCAGCGAUAUUCGCCAUCAGAUCAUCGAGGAGCGGAUCAAAUCGCUCCAGCGUGAGGUGCAUCUGGUCAAUCAAAACCUCAACCGCGUCGAGUCGAAGGUGGACGGACUGACGAGGAUCAUUUCGCUGCUGAUCGAAAAGUUCGAGGAAGACGUCGAUCCGGCACAACGACUAGCAACAAACGGUUCGCAAACGAUCCCAGCCGAGGACGCAUCGAUCGUUCCCGUGACCUCACUCACCGUCGUCGCACAACAGGCCACUCCGUCAACGGCCAUUACAGCGCCAUCUUCCACAUCUUCCUUGCAACCGAAAACACUUCUACUCAGUUCGACCCCGGCACAACAGAACUCCGUGAACCAACAGCAGACCACCGUCUACACCCACGUGGCGACCGUAGGACAACCCACGCAACUGCAACAAACGGUCGUGCCAUUAAAGGAAUCGCGCUCCGGCAACACACAAUACUAUCAGUUCACUGAACCGGCCAUAGCUCAUUCCAAGACGACGGCGACUUCUGCACCAACAUCCGUCACGGUCACACCAUCCCCAUCACCAACCCCUCCACCGAGUUCGGUACAAAGCCAGCCAUUUACUAUUGCCCACUCCGGCGGUCACAGCAUUACCGGUGUGAUGAACGGCAAUCAACUGCUCGAUGCAUUCCCCGAAAUCCCGGAACUACCGAUCAGGACCGUGAGCGACUUUCUCGAUCUAAACGACCACUGCACCGACAACGAGCAGUUCCUGCUCCAGAUGAUGAUAAGGUUACACCAGGAAAUACACAACUCACAGCCAUUCCAACGCAACAUCAAGCGAAUGAUGGAAGCACUCGUCACCUACGAGGUCCUUUGUCAGUUCAGUUGGAGUGGAAAAUCGGCCAUUAAUGGACAGUAUACCAAGUACGUGUUUGGGAACAGUUUGGGCAUAAUCGAUUUGCUGACGAAAACACUCAACCUGGGCAAAAGCGCCGAGGAAGCGGAAGCGAACCAGAAGCCCAUUUUCGCCGCCAUCCAGAGCUUCAUCAAACACUCCCGCCAGAACAUGAUCCGCGACAGCCGGAAGCGUCGUGAUCCGAUGCGCGGUGGAGCAGGCGGUGCCGGUGACACGGGUGGCGGUGGGGACGGGGGCAGUAGCGGCGGUGCCAUAACGUUUCACCUGAACGGAAGCGAUAGGUUUCAGACUAAGUUGAUCAAAUCGGAACAUUCGGCUCACCAGCAGCAGGAAUUGGUGAACCCCCAGUUUUAAGGGCAUCCGCAUUGCAGGAAGGAUCCCGCUUCCGUGAUCCGCGCUUCUUUUUGUGAAUAUACUUAAGACAUAGACGAGAUUAAUCCUUGAUCAACGUACAAAGUAC